AUGAAACAACGCAUUGUCAAGCCAACAUUUCAAACCAAUUCCUUUCUCAUAGAGGAUGAUCAAGAAGAAGAUAACCUCACUACCAGUCCAUCAUCACCAAAUCCACCAAUAGAGAAUACAUCUCAAGGAUCAGACCCAGCAGAAAAUCCAGAAAAUAGUGACUUUAGUGAUUGGAAGAAAAAAGAAAAGAAGAAAAUGAGUAGAGCUGCACAAUUCGCAAAUGCCAAAGCUUCAGGUGUUUUACUAUUCAGAACAUUCAACAAUUGUCCAGACUCUUUAGAAUUUCUCUUGGGGAAACACUCCAAAACAAACUCGUGGGAAAAUUUUGCAGGUAAAGUUAAUAUGGGAGAAACAGUGGAAGAAGCAGCUCUACGAGAAUUGCAAGAAGAAACUCUAAACCAAUUCAGUGAAGAGCAUGUGAAAAUGGUGGCAUCUCAAUUGAACAUUGAAAGAGCUUUUUUCAUUAAAGUUAAUCAAUCAAAUCAAGCAAUGUUUCUUGUUCAUUUGAAUGAUUUUGAACCAGAUUUAGAAGAAUGGAAGAGAAAAGCUGAAAGAUUGAAAAGUGAAAAUAGAAAGGUUGAACUUUCUGAAUUUAAUUUUUUCAAGGAAUUUCCACUCCAAGAAUUGAGAGUUCCACACCUUCAAGAAUUCAUCCCAAAAAAGAGAAACGACAUUAUGAAAAUGGCUCUAGAAAUAAUUAAGUGCCCAACAAGGGAAACAUCAUCAACUAAGCACAAUGUUACAAAGAGAAAUAGAUAA